UCACUACCCCAAAUGUCUACCACAUUAGGAGCUUGCAUGGGCUCGAACAAGAUUAUCAACCCACGACCAUGUAUUGCCCAAUUAAACAACAACAAUAAGAGUAGUCAUUUCAGCAACUUAGUUGAAAAUCACCAAAUUACCAAAGGUACGUUGUUUCCAUAUGCAUUUGUUGGAAAAAAGAGGUCCAUAAUAGAGUUAUGGAAACAGUGCCAAAAUGAAAAAUGGAAAGCACGGGCCGGGGAAAAUCCUGAGUUCCUGUCACAUUCAGAUGUAGAGAGCGUUGUCAAAGAGUUUUACGAUGCCUUCAAUAAAAAAGACAUUGAAAAAUUGAAGCAAUUAGUUUCAGAUGAAUGCGAGUACCAGGAUUACCUCUUCAACAUUUUCUCUUUCUUCCUGUCAAAUUGCGUUUAAUAAAUACGGAACACGUCAUAGAAUUUUGGCAGGAGGUAAUGGAUGCGUUGGGUCCAAAUAUUAAAAUUGCUGUGGUAGAGGGAGGUAUCAGAGUGGAAGAUGUGAGGGUGGAAGAAGUCAAAGUGAAAGAUGUCAAAGAGAGCAAACCUAUGGCUACUGUGUUUUGCCACUUCGAGUGGGGGGACGACAAAAAGAAACUGCCCUUCACAAAAGGAUGCAGAUUCUUUUGGUUUAGAGAAGAUAAAGAAGGAAGGUUGAUUAUUAGCAAGGUAACCGGCUUGGAGGAACUUCCACUAAAACCAGGUGAACUAGUAUUGCAUUGCUUAACUCUCCUGCCUUUCAAGACGAUUGAUAGCACACAUGAAACCGAGUAUUAGACAUAAAAUUAAUUUAGUUAGUUAUUAGAAG